AUGACUGAAAACUACAAUUUCAAAGAAAAUUGCCUAAAUAAAAACACUUAUCUUUCCUAAAUUGCUGCUUAAACAGAGUAAGCUUAGGUAUCCCCUCAAAACUCUAAAAUAAUUAACCAAAAUACAGAGAGCCUCUUUUGUCUUACAAAAUAUCAUGAUUCAAUCUAAUAUAAAAUAGAUACUACUAGUAUUUUUGUUAAAUGCUAGCUAAAAAAUACAGAGACUGAUUUAAAAUAAAAGAACUCAUUUAAUUUAGCAGAUUCGUAUGCUGACAUAGAAGUAGAAGAUGAUGAUACUAAAGAAACAAUUAACUCUAUAAAUAGCUUAAAAAUAAAAAACUUUUCAUACAAUUCAGGAAUCUACGAUACCGAAAAUAAGUGUAACAAAAACUUUAUUGAUGAUAAGGAAGAAGAAAGUUAUGAUUAAGAUGAAAAUUAAAGCAAAAAAAGUUUAGAUAAUUCGAAUUAUUAAAAAACUGAGAAAAGCACGAUGAGUAGUAUAAAAAGUUCUUUAAAUAAUACUGUUACCUUCUAAGACCUUAAUUAAAAAAAUGCAUGUGAAAGCAAUGAAGAAGAUUUUAAGAAAUUAUUAUAUUUACUUCAAUAAAAUUAGGUUGAUAAAAUCAAAAAAUUACAUUAUCUAGAUUAAUAUUCUUAAGAGAAUUUAAAAAGAACUAGUAAAUCAAUAUUGAAAGGAUUUCAAAGAUUGGAUCAGAACUAAAUUUAAUAAAGGGAUGUUAAAGACAAAUUUUAUUAAUCAGACAUGGAUUUUGGUAACAUAAUCCAAGAAAAACUCAUUUAAUAGAUACUUGAAAAAGAGAUCUGUAAUUCAAAUGAUCUAAAUUAAUACUUUUUUAGUGAGUUAGCAACUAAAAUAUCUAGUUCUGGUGAGAAGAAAAAAAGGAUAAUUUUCCUUACACAUAACUCUUUUUUUGUACUCUAAGACCUUUGUAGCUAUAAACACGUUUAGAGAUUUAAUAUCUCAGAUAUCAAUAAAAUAAUAAUUCAUUCAGAUUAUAGAAAUGUGUGCUCUAUCAUAUUAAGAAAUAGCUUUUUAUUAAACUUAUAAAUAAAUCAUUUUAAUGAAUUUAUAAAAUUUAUUCAAAGUAUUUUUAAUUGUGUCUUAAAAACUUUUCUUCCAAUAAUCUAUAAGUAGAAGUAAAAAACGAAUGAAGAACCCAAAAUUAAUGAUAAGAAUAGCGCAUAAUAAAAAAAAUAAUCUUUUUUAAGCAGCUAAAAAGAAUAAUUUUACAUUAAAAUUGAGAUUAUAUCAAAUAAUAAUUCGCAAAGUGAUUCUAUAAUUUUAGGACUACUAUAAUUCUUUUAAAAUGAAAUUUAAAUUACUGGUUUGGAGAAGUGUUAAGAAUUAAAGAGAUUUACAUAAGUAGUAUUAUUAAAUGAAAAUCUAGAAUAAUAAUACUUUAUUUUUUAAUCAAUAAGAAAUCCAGACCUAAUCUUCCAUAUAAAAUUAUUAGUAGACUCAGAUUUUCCUAUUUUUGUAAAGAAAAUAUAAGAUAUAAAAAAUAAUUUAAUUAAAUGA